UCCGGAGGCUACAUUGCAGCGCGGCGGCUCGGGCAGGCGGCCAGUGGAGGCUCAAGCAAGGUCUAGCUGCCAACCCCGCCGGCUACGGGCCCCUUACAGAGCUCCCAGACUGGUCUUACGCGGAUGGUCGUCCUGCUCCCGCAAUGAAAGGCCAGCUUCGAAGAAAACUCCAAAGGGAGAACUUUGCAAGACGAGUUGUAUUGCUGUCACAGGAAAUGGAAGCUGGAUUACAGGCAUGGCAUCUCAAGCAGCUGCAGAAAUUGCAGGAAGAAGAAAGGAAACAUGAAAAUGCUCUUAAACCCAAAGGGGCUUCACUACAGAGCCCACUUUCAAGUCAUUGAACAGCAAUUCUUGCCCUAUUCUCUCACCACUG